GUAUUUUUACGUGACGCCGAGGCCAACACAACUGUGAACUAUACAUUUCCGUUAAUACUUGUGGUAAAUAGUAUCCGUGUUACUCCGCUUUCUUGGAAUGGCACGAAACCUGCAAUGAGACUGGAAUUUAUGGGUUGUUAUGAAGGUAUUGAGUUACCAUUUUUUAUAAUGUUAAGUUUGCGAGAAAAUUCAACUUAAAGUUUAUGUAAAUCAGCAUGAUUUUGUAUUAGAUAUACAAACUCCGUAACAAUCAUGAUUUUUUUUGAGUUUCUUUAUGAAUUAUCAGUAAUGAGUUUCACAACAAUAUUUUCAAACCAGUUUAUAAGCUAAGCGUAUGAUUGAUUUCUCUUAAUCCAAGAACCAAUAACAGGCUUUGUUAAUUUACAAAUGGCUUUGUUUACCUGCAUGUUUACCUAGCCUGCCUACAUUUUGUUUACGUUUGUUUACCUGUAUGUUUACCUAGCGUGCCUACAGAGCAAUAGGCUAGUAUUCCAAAGGGCGUAGGUUUGAUUCUCACCGUGGCCAGGCAUAUUUUUCAAGCUUGCCUGGUGUGGAUUAUACACUCAGAGUAACAUCACAAGCAUCAAAUUCACCUGAGUACAUUACACCAAACAUAGAAGAAAUUAUAUAUAAAUUUUUGUCAGAUUCUAAUGAACGAGAUGCCCAAAAUUUUGAUAUUUGCCCGUAUAUAGAUACAGUGUAUAUACAUAGUAAUAAUAAAUUAAUAAUUAUUCUUUUUUAUUAACUUAUAUUGCGCAAGUAUCAAGCUCAGUGGUAGAAGACGCGCGAGCGCUGCACCGGGAUCGCAGCGCCUCAUGUUCGAUUCCUGCCAGAGGGCCUAAAGGUACAUUCAUCGCCACUGCUCCCUGUUAGGUCUAAAUUGUGUAUAAAUUUUAGUUCGAAAUUUCGAUCUACAAAAAUCCCAUGUAUUUUCAGUUAUCUUUGGAAUUGUAGCUGAAUAUGAAAUUGAUUACUUUCAGUUUUUUUCUCAUUUGGAAGAUAUUGAGGCAUUCACCGUUUUGGGAAUCUCGUUCAAUUGGAUACAAUGUUGAAGUGUUUAUGAUGCUAGAAAUUUUGUGCGAUAAUAACAUACAUUUUAGACCUGGAGCAUUUGAAAAUUGGAGCAUCCAUUUCAAGUAUUAUUUAUCAUAAAUAAAUAUUAUAUAGAUACUUCAUGUGUAGUCUCAUAUAAAAUUUUCCUCAUAUGAAAAUAUUGUAGAUACUGAUGUUUGUGAUAAUAAUAAUGGAACUUGUAAUGACCUCUUCACAACUUAUAACUUCUUUAACUGCACAUGCGCAGAUGGAUACAGCGGAAGAUACUGUGAGACAGGUAGGACGCGAGGAAAUUCCCUGUAUUUUCUUUUUUGCAAGAGAUCCUGUUUUUAUAUAUCAUAUAGAUCUUCUGCAAUCACAAAUGUAUUUCAUCACACUUUUUUAUUAUUUUAAUUUUUUAAAUAUAUUAUAGUAUUCAUUUUCUUGAUCGAAAGUAAUCAAUUAGCCUUUCUCACGCUGUGCUCAUCCGCCAUUUUGGGGGAACUGCUCCUCUCAAGUUUGAGAGUGUAAAACCAGGAAAUGCGACUUUUUGGCGUCUACUGGAACAGUAAUCGACAAGAGGUUUAGAUAUAUCUAUGUAUGUUUGUAUGCAGUGGACGGUUCACGUCUCCUGCGAACAGGCUCUUUGGUUAGGUUAAAGCCCGCGCAUCUACGAAAGUGUUUACGAUAAAUAAAUGGUUUGAAACAUGCGAGUGAAAUCUGAGUAAAACUCAUUCUAAUUCUAUCAUGCUCUUUCUUUUUUUGGAAUAAACUAAAAAAAUUGCAAAUUUCCAGCUUCGAAGAAAGUUUCUUCAGUAUUAAGGUAAGCUGUUCUGAGUUGUUAGAGUAUACAGUCUCGUGUAUUCAAUAAAUAAUAACGUACUUUAUAUUGUAUUUCACUCAUUCACUGAGUGUAUUCAGUGUAAUCAGUCGGUGAGAAUAUAUAUUUUAUUUAUAAAGCUUCGAUCACAUGCAAUGAGGCUAUUAAUUAAGUUAAUAUUUAAUUUAUACGUUUGACCACUUGUUCAACUUCAUAUUUGAUAUAAAUUGAGAUCACAAAACUUAGGCCGAUGGAAGUGAGGUAUUACUGGUAUCAGCUUACCCGUAUUCAAACCUUUCUAUGCCGGAAUUAAAUUUCUAUGCCGGAAUUAAAAAUUUCUAUGCCGGGCCGAAGUUAUGUUCGGCGAAAGGUAUGCCUAGUCUAUAUUUUUGUUCAGAAAAUUGUGUAAUUUGAUAAUAUAUACGAUCUUGCUUGACUUUCAAAGCUCAUAAAUCUCUAUAAAGUUGACAUAGACUAAAACUAUCGUUAGGAAUAAGUAGAGAAUUUUAUACUGAAUCGAAUGGCGGUAUUUUCAUCUAAAUAGCAUUUAUUGAACCGAAGGCGAAGAUAUGAACCUUGCACAAUACUAUUCCGAUUCUGGAAUAGUUUUCUAGGAGCCUGUCGCCCAGGAGAACAACAAAUUAUAUAAAAACACGUACUUUAAUAACGUUUGCCUGCAAAGCUAGCUACUAUAUCACCCGAAAUCUUAUUGUAAAGUAUUUAAUCUGUUGUGAAUUGGUGACUUGAAUUGAAGAUUUCGUUGAAAUUUUCAAUUAUUCUGUCGAUAAAACAGGAAGAAUGAAAAACCUUUGACAAGAAAACAAUGUGAGAAACGAAAAAAUGCGAAAUAAUGAAAAUAGAAACAAUGAAAAAUUUCAUGCGGUGCGAAAAAUACAUGCGGGCGGGUUACGGUAUUUUCAAGUGCUCUUGAUAAAAAUUGAAGAUUCUCAGCUUAAAGCUGAGAAUCUUCAAUGGUUGUCAAGAGCACUUGACAUGUUUUAAUAUGAUCAGUCAAUCACGUUUAACCAGCUCCAAGCUGAUCAAAUGAUCAUCAUGAUGAAUUUUCUCAGUAAAAAAGUUGAACUUUGUUAUGAGAAUAGACAAUGUUUUAUCUGCGACCGCUCAUCCUUAUUUGCAAGCGACGGUAUUCCGCGAUGAAAAUGGCUGCCAGGCAGGUUUGGGUGCACAUUGCAUUGUGGUUGACAAUGACUCUCCUUCCCUUGAUAAAGACCUUAAAAAAUCUCGAAUUUGCUAUCUUUUCCAUCCUCUGACUUUGUUUGCUUUUGUUUUAUACAUUAAAAUUAUUAGUAUUGUUUUCUCCAAUUUUAUGUUUGGUAUUAAUUUAAACCUUGAUCUUCGAAGUUCAAGGACGCUAUGUACAUGCACUGUUGAGUCUGUUGGCAGUGCUUUCGAUGAACGAGAAUUUUAUAAUGUAUUUAGUGAAUUUAUAUUUUAUAUCUUAAAAUUGUAAUAACUAUAAGAAUUGCUUUUCAUUGAUUAUACUGUUGUUACGUGGUGUAGAGAGGUGUGGCAGGGAUGACUUCUUUGGUUCUUUAUAAAGCUGCCGUUUUUAUAAUAUAUUUUAAAACAAAAAAGACAUUUUUAUCAUUUUUAUCUGCACUGCACUGCACUGCACUGCACUGCACUGCACUGCACUGCACUGCACUGCACUGCACUGCACUGCACUGCACUGCACUGCACUGCACUGCACUGCACUGCACUGCACUGCACUGCACUGCACUGCACUGCACUGCACUGCACUGCACUGCACUGCACUGCACUGCACUGUACAGUACUGUACAGUACUGUACUGUACUGUACUGUACUGUACUGUACUGUACUGUACUGUACUGUACUGUACUGUACUGUACUGUACUGUACUGUACUGUACUGUACUGUAAGUUCGGUAUUCCAGGAGAAAUAUGGAAUAUAACAUUUUUUUGCAGUUUCAUCUCUAUCGGAUUUGACCAUCAAAAUGGACCGUCGAUCGACCCUGUGGUACGGACGCGUGCAACAAGCUAAAAAUUGAUGUAUCAAAGUUACAUUUUCCAUGCAUGGUCUCUGUCACGUGAAAGUAAUUUUCAUAAAAGCAUCUGAUAUACGUUUAGAGAACAAUGUUAAAUUGGAAAUAUCAACAUGGAAUGUCUGCAUAUUUAUCUUGGAAAGAUACUAUACUUUACAAGUGUAUAACGUUGUGUUCAAAUUGAAUGCAAAACUUCAUUACGUCCAGCAAUCGUGUCAUCGGAGCACUGGAACACAAAAGCGAAGAAAUCUUUGAAAAGAUAUCGCCUACUGUGAAUAAACGUUUUUGGCUGCAAACUAUAUUGCAAAGAAUGAAUAUCUUGGAAAUGGUAUAAUUAAUACAUUAACAUUUAAGUACUGAUUGACGAACCGGAUUUGCUAUGGAAGCUACAAUAAAUUAAAGUGUAUAUGUGUGGAAUAUGUUAUAGCCAAUCUUUAUUAUAAUAAUAUUGGUCAUUCCAUGUAUUUUAUUCACAUUAAGCACUCUUUGUUUUUUAUCCAGGAGACGCCAUGUACGCUACAGCGUACCUAUUUUUAUAACUGCAGUUGUGUGUGAUGGUAAAUUUAAUUUCAACUUUGAAGUCACGUGACUUUCACAUUGUUUAGAUUGUCUAGAUACUCGGACAUGGAAGACAGUACUCCAAAAUUGGUGCAUGUGGGCUUGUGUGAGAAAUGCUAAUUGAGGCGAUAGACAUACAGCAAAUAUUUUUUCCUGCCUCUAUUAAGGGUAAUAAAUAUACGCAUUGUCUCGGGGAGUUCGAGUGAGAAUUUCCUAAAAAUGAACUGAAAAUUAAAGGAGAGAGAAGGUUCACUAGUGGUAUAUAUUUCAUGGCUCAUGCAUUUUGCUAGCCUUAUAAUAAUAAUUUAUUCUUGAUUGAGUCGAUUUUCUUUCAUGUACCGAGGUGAUUAUUUUUAAUAAUCACCUUGAAUAUUAAUUACCUCAAAAGAUGAAGGAAACAAAAGGAAACAAAACAGACAAAACUUUGUUGGAAAACCUCUUCAAUCAAGAAUUAAUAUGAUAAACACCAUGUCAUUAUCUGACAUUAAUCCUUCCUUCUCGGUGUUUAUCCUAUACAUAUUUAAUUAAGUCAUGUCAAUUGGUGAUUUUAGAAUGUCUGGAUGCGAGACCUCUGGGAAUGUCAGGAGGUCAGAUUAAAGAUGAUCAGAUCACUGCAUCUUCAACAUACAAUAUCCAGGGUGUUGCACCUGCAGGGAGACUGAACGCCAGUGCAGUUCGAAGAAGUGGAGGUUGGGUGGCUGCAGAGAACGACGGCAAACAGUGGUUUCAG